GCCCCCAGCACGGCCUCCGGCAACUCCCAAACGCCGUUUUCGCGGGAAAAAAAUCAGAGCAGCUGGCAGCGCGGCGGGCAGCGUUGGCCGAGCGGGUGCUCCGGGUCGGGGAUCCGAGCCACGCACGCAGUUCCUUCACCAUCCCCAGCAGGCCAGGCGCGCAGGCGGGAGAGUGGAUCACGGCGGCCACAGAGCUCUGACACCAUGUGGGUCCAGGUGCGCACCAUGGACGGGAAGGAGACCCACACGGUGGACUCGCUGUCCAGGCUGACCAAAGUGGAAGAGCUGAGGCGCAAGAUUCAAGAGCUGUUUCACGUGGAGCCGGGUCUGCAGAGGCUGUUUUACAGGGGCAAGCAGAUGGAGGACGGCCACACGCUCUUCGACUACGACGUGCGCCUGAAUGACAUCAUCCAGCUCCUGGUCCGCCAGAGCCUCGUGCUGCCGCCCAGCCUCAAGGAGAGGGACCCCGAGCUCUCGGACACCGACUCCGGCUGCUGCUUGGGCCAGAGCGAGUCGGACAAGUCCUCCACCCACGGGGAGGCAGCCGCGGAGACUGACGGCACAACCGGCCCGGAGGGCGAGGACGCGCAGGAGGAGACGGAGCUGGGGCUGUACAAGGUCAACGAGUACGUGGACGCCCGGGACACCAGCAUGGGCGCGUGGUUUGAGGCCCAGGUGGUCAGGGUGUUGAGGAAGCCACCGUCCCAGGACGAGCCCAGCAGCUCCGCUGCCAGCCCGACUCCGGAGGAGGACGUCAUUUACCACGUGAAAUAUGACGACUACCCUGAGAACGGCGUGGUCUCCAUGAGCUCCGGGGACGUCCGCGCGCGCGCCCGCACCAUCCUCAAGUGGCAGGAGCUGGAGGUGGGCCAGGUGGUGAUGCUCAACUACAACCCCGACCAUCCCAAGGAGCGCGGCUUCUGGUACGACGCCGAGAUCACCAGGAAGCGGGAGACCCGGACGGUGCGGGAGCUCUAUGCCAACGUCAAGCUCGGGGGCGAUGCUCUCAAUGACUGUCGGAUCGUCUUUGUGGACGAAGUCUUCAAGAUCGAGCGCCCGGGCGAAGGGAGCCCCGUGGUCGAGAGCCCCAUGAGACGGAAGAGCGGCCCCUCCUGCAAGUAUUGCAAGGACGACCCCAGCAAGCUGUGCCGCGUCUGCGCCUGCCGCCAGUGCGGGGGGCGCGAGGCCCCGGACAAGCAGCUCCUGUGCGACGAGUGCGACAUGGCCUACCACCUCUACUGCCUCCGCCCGCCCCUCAGCAGCGUGCCCACCGAGGCGGAGUGGUACUGUCCCGACUGUCGGAAUGACGCCAGCGAGGUGGUGUUGGCCGGGGAGAAGCUGAAGGAGAGCAAGAGGAAGGCGAAGAUGGCGUCUGCCACGUCGUCCUCGCAGCGGGACUGGGGCAAGGGCAUGGCGUGUGUGGGGCGCACAAAGGAGUGCACCAUCGUCCCCUCCAACCACUACGGACCCAUCCCGGGCAUCCCCGUGGGCACCAUGUGGCGCUUCCGAGUCCAGGUCAGCGAGUCGGGAGUCCACAGGCCUCACGUGGCGGGCAUCCACGGCCGGAGCAACGAUGGCGCGUACUCCCUGGUGCUGGCCGGGGGCUACGAGGACGACGUGGACCACGGGAAUUUCUUCACAUACACAGGCAGCGGCGGUCGCGACCUGUCCGGCAACAAGCGGACAGCGGAGCAGUCCUGUGAUCAGAAGCUCACCAACACCAACAGGGCGCUGGCUCUCAACUGCAGUGCCCCCAUCAACGACCAGGAGGGGGCCGAGGCCAAGGACUGGCGGUCGGGGAAGCCAGUCAGGGUGGUGCGGAACAUGAAGGGCGGGAAGCACAGCAAGUACGCGCCCGCCGAGGGCAACCGCUACGACGGCAUCUACAAGGUGGUCAAGUACUGGCCCGAGAAGGGCAAGUCCGGCUUCCUCGUGUGGCGCUACCUCUUGCGGAGGGACGACGAGGAGCCGGGGCCCUGGACGAAGGAAGGGAAGGACCGGAUCAAGAGACUGGGGCUGACCAUGCAGUAUCCAGAGGGCUACCUGGAAGCGCUGGCCAACAGGGAGAGGGAAAAGGAGAACAGCAAGGGGGACGCUGCCGGCCAGGAGCAGGGCCGCGCUUCCCCCAAGAAGGGCAAGGGCAAGUGGAAGCGGAAGUCCACAGGCCAGGGAGGUCCCGGGACCCGGUCGGCCAAGAGGACCAAGCUGGAGCCCUACAGCCUCACGGCCCAGCAGCGCAGCCUCAUCCAGGAGGACAGGAGCAACGCCAAGCUGUGGAGCGAGGUCCUCAGGUCCCUCAAGGACGGGCCGAUGUUCCUGAGCAAAGUGGAGGAGACGUUCCAGUGCAUCUGCUGCCAGGAGCUGGUGUUCCGGCCCGUCACCACCGUGUGCCAGCACAACGUGUGCAAGGACUGCCUGGACAGGUCCUUCCGGGCCCAGGUGUUCAGCUGCCCGGCCUGUCGCUACGACCUGGGCCGGAGCUACGCCAUGCAGGUGAACCAGCCGCUGCAGACGGUCCUCCACCAGCUCUUCCCCGGCUAUGGCAACGGCCGGUGAUCCACAAGCACUUCCUGGUGGCCUUUCCCUGUGGGAGGCUCCCUCCUCGGCCCUUGUUUGGUUUUUAGUGGGCUUGACUUAAACACAUAGUUUUCCCUCCAUUCCCUGAAAAGGCUCGUCUUCUCCCCUUUUUUUUAAAUGUAUACAUUUUCAGGAAUUUCCAUGUUCUGGCUGAAAGUUGGAUUUCUCAGUGUUCUGUUCAGUUGUUUUAAAUAUAUAAAGCCUGCAAUUUAUCUGCAAAACAGGAAGAAAAAAAAAAAAAUCCCGAUUUUUGAGGGUGGACUUGGGAACCACGUAGCUCGAGAGCUGCU